AUGAAGUACCUCGAAGUACCCAGCCUAUCCCAUCUUUCAACCCUUUUGACGGGUUGCGACGCCGGCGAUAGCCUCAUAUACGGCCGUCUCGAGGCCUACACCUGCAAGCGGGCCGGGUCGGACAAAAAGCUGUACAAGGAGCUGAACCAGCAGUACGAAGAGCUCUCCAAGUCGCCAGACUCGCAAGAGGCGCUCUCCACGUCGCCGUUCGGCCCGCUCUCCCUGAGCACCUCCCGGCGGACGUUCAUUUCCCUCAUCUCCACCCUCAACGCCAGCUUCCCCGACUACGACUUCAGUGAGCUCAAGCCGGAGCACUUCCGCAAGGAGCAGAGCCUGCACAACUGCAUCAACGACAUCAACACGACCCUCACGUCGGUCCUGCCCGAGUCCCAGGCGUUCCUCAGUCGGCUGUGGAACACUCUCGAGGCCGAGAUCAAAGUCACCGAGUGCGACCUCUACAGCUACAUUCCCGACACGGAUUCGGAUCCCUUCAGCGAGGAAGGCAACAUUUGGUGCUUCAACUACUUCUUCUUCAACAAGAAGCUGCGAAGAGUUGUCUUCUUCACCUGCCGUGCGGCGAGCAAGAUUAACGGGCGCGAUCCUGCCAGUGGUGACUACGGCUGGAGCGUGGAGGACCAGAUCGCCGAGGAGAUGGACCUGUAA